AUGGCAUCAGAAAUCACCUACGCUGAGCUGAAGUUCAAGAAUGCAUCACAGGCUGCAGCGGUUGAAGUACCUCCCGAGACGAAGAAGCAUAAGCAUCAUCCCCAGAAAUACCCACCAUGGCUCCCAUGGCUGACCUCACUGCUGCUCCUCUUGGUGUGCAUUGCCCUUGUUAUUGCUCUUCUUGUAUCUUGCUACUUCCGUGGAGGUGACCAGCCCACAGCCCUGCAGCAGAAAUUCACGGAGUGGCAGUGUAGCUCAGCAGUGCCGCAAUACAAAGAGCAAAGCUGGAUGUGCUGCCCAGAAGGCUGGAAAUACUUUAGCAAAAGCUGUUAUUAUAUCUCGGAUGAUAAGAUGUUCAAGAAUGAGAGUGAGCAGAACUGCACUGGGAUGGGCUCCCACCUGGUGGUGAUCAACAGCAAAGGAGAGCAGGAUUUCCUCUCUAAGAAGCUACAACGAUCUUCAGGAGGAGAGAAUUACUACAUUGGUCUGAGUGCACAGCAGGUUGGCCAGUGGCAAUGGGUAGACAAGACCCCGUAUAAUGCGACAUCAGCGUUCUGGCGGGAAGAGGAGCCAAGUAAUAAUGAUGCUGAGAAGUGCGUUGUAAUCCAUAAGAGUACGAGACCACCCAACAACUGGAAUGACGUCAGUUGCGGGAAUCAUCAUCGAAUUUGUGAAGCUGCAGCAGUAAUUGUGUGA